AUGGCGAAUUCGCGACCAUCGCCUCUGACGAUGCUCCUCGGAGCUGUCGUCUUCUUCUGUGCCAAUGUCUUUGCGGCGGCUGCCGUCCUUGGUGUCGACCUUGGAACCGAAUACAUCAAAGCCGCCCUGGUGAAGCCAGGCACUCCCCUCGAGAUUGUCCUGACCAAAGAUUCCCGGCGAAAGGAGACCUCUGCAGUUGCAUUCAAACCAUUCCCGAGUGGCCCCAAGGCUGCCCAGUUCCCCGAACGACUAUACGGUGCGGAUGCCAUGGCAGUCGCCGCUCGAUUUCCCGACGAAGUUUACCCCAACCUGAAGACGCUCCUCGGCCUUCCCAUCGAGGAUGCAUCGGUUAAAGAAUAUGCAGCACGUCACCCAGCUUUGCAGCUACAGGCUCAUAGCACACGCGGCACAGCUGCUUUCAAAACCAAGACACUGACCCCCGAAGAAGAUGCAUGGCUGGUUGAAGAGCUGUUGGCCAUGGAACUCCAGAACGUACAAAGAAACGCCGAGGCGACAGCCGGUCACGGCUCUUCUGUGCGAUCCGUCGUACUCACUGUCCCCUCCUUUUACACUGUCGAGGAGAAGCGCGCUGUUCAACUGGCCGCCGAAUUAGCAGGCCUCAAAGUCCUCAGCUUAAUCAGCGAUGGCAUGGCUGUUGGCUUGAACUACGCUACUAGUCGCCAGUUCCCUAACAUUAAUGCAGGCGAGAAGCCCGAGUACCACAUGAUUUUCGACAUGGGAGCCGGUUGUACCACAGCCUCUGUUCUACGCUUCCAAAGCCGUACUGUCAAAGAUGUCGGGAAAUACAACAAGACUGUCCAGGAGAUCCAGGUCCUUGGUAGCGGCUGGGACAAGACCCUUGGUGGUGACUCCCUCAACUAUCUGAUCAUGGAUGAUAUCAUUUCACAAUUUGUUGAAACAGAGGCAGCAAAAAGCGUUUCUGCCACGGCCCAGGGUGUCCGGUCCCACGGACGGACAAUGGCCAAGUUGGCCAAGGAAGCCGAGCGACUGCGACACGUUCUCAGCGCCAAUCAAAACACUCAAGCUAGUUUUGAGGGGCUCUACGAGGAUGUCGACUUCAAGUACAAGAUCACCCGUGACAACUUUGAGACCAUGUCUGGGGCUCACGCUGAGAGAGUUGAAGCCGUCAUCAAAGACGCCAUGAAGAUGUCUGGUAUCGAAUUGAGCGACUUGACUUCCAUCAUCUUGCAUGGAGGUGCCACUCGUACUCCGUUUGUUCAGAAGGCUCUUGAAAAAGCUGCUGGCUCUGCUGACAAAGUACGGCCCAGUGUUAACUCUGAUGAAGCUGCCGUGUUUGGUGCCGGUUUCCGCGCCGCUGAGCUGAGCCCCAGCUUUCGAGUCAAGGAAAUCAGGAUCUUUGAAGGCCCCAUGUACGCUGCCGGUCUGAAGCGUGCGAACGGCGAAAAGCGACAGCGUCUUUGGACCGCUGUCUCGCCUCUGGGAGGUGUCGCGAAGGAAAUAACUUUUAACGACCACAAAGAUUUUGCGCUUUCUUUCUACCAACAAGUUGGUGACAACGACAAGGAUAUCGCUUCAUUGUUGACCAAGAACCUGACUGCUACUGUAGCCGCCAUUAAGGAGAAGUACCCCUCCUGCGUGGAGUCUGAAAUUGUGUUCAAGCUUGGUGUCAAGUUACUUGCCGAAAAUGGAGAAAUCCAGGUCGUCAGGGCUGCUGUAGAAUGCGAGGCUGAAGUAACUGUGAAGGAACGUAUUGUCGAUGGCGUCAAAAACUUGUUUGGCUUUGGAAAGAAGGAUCAGAAGCCUCUCAAAGGCACUGAGAAGAAUGCCGAUUCUAAAGAACCCGAGAGCUCUAAGGAGGCCCCGAAGGAGGGAGCCAAGCCAUCUACCUCGUCUUCAUCCACCACGACCGACUCAUCUACCGCCUACAGUUCGUCCGAGUCGACUGCCCCCAGCGAGGAAGUCAGAGAGGUGAAGCAGAAACAGAUUGUUUCAAUUCCUGUUGAAGUCGUUUUGGAGAAGGCGGGCGUUCCUGCACUAACCAAGUCCGAGCUGGUCAAAGUCAAGAAUAGACUCAAAGCAUUCGCAGCCUCUGACAAGGCCAGAUUCCAGCGCGAGGAGGCUCUCAACCAGCUUGAGGCCUACACUUAUAAGGUCCGAGAUCUCCUGGAGAGAGAGUCGUUCAUCGAGGCCUCGACAGAGAAGGAACGCGCUGACUUGGCUAAACAAUCCAGCGAAAUCGGCGAUUGGUUAUAUGAGGAUGGAGCCGACGCUACUGCGGAGAUAUUCAAAGCUAAGCUGAAGACUCUUCAAGACAUUGUUGUACCUGUACAGACCAGAAUCGAUGAGGCUGAAAAGCGACCUGGGAGGAUCACUGCACUGAAGGAGUCCAUGAAGCGCAUUAGCGAGUACCUUGACUCCAUACACAAGCAAAUCGCAGAAUAUGAGCAGUGGGAGGCAACAGCUGCUUCCACCAGCGCCAGCGGAUCAUCAACGACAUCUGCUUCGGCCGAGACUCCGACAGGCGAGUUUGAUGGUCUAGAGGACGUCGACGCCAAGGACACCAAGAAGGACAAUGAGCCCGAGGAGCAGCCUGGCCCCAUCCCGCCUCUGUUUGACAAAGAGGAACUCAAGGACUUGGAAGCACUUGUCAAAACCACCAAAGAGUGGCUUAGUGAGAUGCAGCCUAAACAAGACAAACUGCCCAUGACUGCGGACCCUGUACUUCUUGUCAAGGACAUUUCCGAGAAGAUCCAAAAGCUUGACAAGGUCAGCAUGGAUCUAGCCCUCAAGGGAGCCAAAAGCUUUGGAGGCAAGGCCAAAAAGGCCGCGCAGAACCUCAAGAAGGGAAAGUCAAAGAAGGGCGAGGGCGCCGAAGAUUUUAAGGGUCAGCGUCUCACAGAAGAGCAACUGGAAGAGAUGUUGGAGAAAAUCAAGGCCAUGGAGAAGGAGAAGAAGCCUGAAAAGACUGAGGAGGAUAAGAAGAGCAGCGAGAAACCAGGGCAUGAUGAGUUGUAG